AUGCGUGUUUUGGGUCCUAUGUUUAGCUGACCCGUCGACGCCUGAUUACAUGUUUGCAACUUUAAAGAAUCAAAAAUGACGUUACGUGUGUUUUAACAUAAUUGUGUUUCAUAACACACAACUAUGUGUAUUUCCUCUCUAUUGGUUUGAUUAUAUAUUUUGUAUUUGAUAUGUACGUGUUAAACGAAUCCGGCGUUCAUGAAUACUACCUAAGAAUGGCUACAAGGCUGGACUUCCUCGCUUUAUGAAUGUAUUAAGAAUUGUCAGCUAACUUUGAAGCGGUGCUCGUCCGGGUAAGUAACACACUACAAGUGAAAUAGUCUGGAGGACAUUUCAACUUUGAUAGUACAUUUAGUCCUCUGUUAUUAAGAGGGCAUUCCCCCAAAGCUACAAGCAAGCUGUGUGAACACUUGACAGCUGCAGCAGCAUGGCUGCUCUAUCACUGUCCUGUUGGACUAAUCUCCAUCUGAGACCACAGAACAUACGGGCACUUCUUCAGAAGACCGUCUGUGUUGGUCCCAACCGAGACUCCAGACACUGCAGCUCUGGGAAGCACAAAAGGAGGGUUGUUAUCACUGGCAUAGGGUUAGUGUGUCCUCUGGGCACAGGGACUGCACUUACUUGGGACCGCCUCAUCAAAGGCCACAGUGGGGUUGUCGCUCUUCACUCAGAGGAGUACGCGUCUGUUCCCUGUAAAGUGGCGGCACUGGUGCCCAGAGGAGAUGACCAGGGCCAGUUUAAGGAGGAGAGGUUUGCCUCUCGUGGGGAGAUUAGCAGCAUGUCUCCGGCCACUGUGAUGGCCCUUGGAGCUGCUCAGUUGGCCCUGGAGGACUCAGGUUGGCACCCCAAAACCACGGAGGAGCAAGUCAACACUGGGGUGGCUGUUGGCAUGGGCAUGGUGUCAUUGGAGGAAAUCGCUCGCACCUCCUUUGCCUUCCGAGAAAAGGGCUACAAAAAAGUCAGUCCCUUCUUCGUGCCUCGCAUCCUUGUCAACAUGGCUGCUGGACACAUAAGUAUCAGACACAAACUGAAGGGUCCCAACCACGCUGUGUCCACAGCGUGCACCACGGGCGCACACGCCAUCGGCGAUGCCGCCAGGUUCAUUGCCCACGGGGAUGCAGAUGCUAUGGUCACAGGGGGGACAGAAUCCUGCGUGGGGCCCCUGUCAGUCGCCGGCUUCGCCAGGGCGCGCGCCCUCGCCACCAAAUGGAAUGACGACCCCGCGCAGGCGUCACGGCCCUUUCACCCUGAGCGAGAGGGCUUCGUGAUGGGCGAGGGAGCGGCGGUGCUCCUCCUGGAGGAGCUGGACCACGCAGUGGGAAGAGGAGCCAGGAUCUACGCAGAGAUCCUGGGUUACGGACUCUCCGGCGAUGCCAGCCACAUCACUGCACCCACUGCAGAUGGAGAUGGAGCCUUCAGAUGCAUGUCUGCAGCCCUCAGAGAUGCCGGCGUCUCACCGGCAGACGUGACGUACGUGAACGCUCACGCCACGUCUACGCCUUUGGGCGACGCGGCCGAAAAUGCCGCCAUCAAGAGGCUCUUCCGGCAUGCAGCGGAGAACCUGGCGGUCUCUUCCACCAAGGGGGCAACCGGACAUCUGCUCGGGGCCGCGGGGGCCCUGGAGGCCGCGUUCACCGCUUUGGCCUGCUACCACGGGGUCCUGCCCCCGACUCUCAACCUGGACCGGACCGAGCCGGACUUCAACCUGAACUAUGUCCCCCUCACAGCGCAGCCGUGGCACGUUCAGGGCCGCAGGGUCGCCCUCACAAACUCGUUCGGAUUUGGCGGCACCAACGCCUCACUGUGUCUCACCAGCGUCUGAUGACACAGUUCUUCAACCGGUGUCAUAGAGUUUCACUCACUGAAUACGUUUUCAGCAGAAAGUACUACUAGUUGGUGCCGUAGAGCCAGGCUCCAACGGAGAUGCAGACUUGGUGUGUAUUAUAAAUUAUUAAAGGGAUAGUUUUAAAAAAUGCUCGUUGUAAUUUCCUCAAGCUGAAGGUGACAUUUUCAAAUGUCUCCCUCUGUCUGAACAACAGUCUAACAAUGUUCAAUUUACAAUUGAAUCAAACAAAGCAAAGCUGGAAACUACUUCUAUUAUUUUGUUUUUCAAAAUAGAAAUAGUUGCUCAUUUAUUUUUUGUUUUAUAACGGCACAAGCCGAAAAGGUUGAUAAUUUAAUAACUUAACUUAAUAUCUUAAACUAUGUCUUUUUCAUGUAUAAUCUUAAUCUGAAAAAAAAACUAGUAAUUAUAGCUGUGGUGAAGUAAAAAGUUAAUUAUUUCCCAGUGGAGUAGAAGUAGCCUGUAUAGCAAACAAAAGUACCUAAUAAUAGCACUUGUGCACUUUAGUAAAUGUAGCACUACUCAUAAUUGUGAUCCAGUCCCAACAGCUUC